UUCAGGGGAAAACAAAACCAAAAAAGAUGUUUCGAGCUCUGUGGAGUCUCGCUCCUCCGAGCUUCCUUUCAGCCUAAUUGAGUUCCAAAUGGUAACUGCAGCGGCCCGGACAGCCUCUGGUUCAGCGCGGCCUAAAGCGGACUGACAAGACGGCGACGAGAGGACGAAGACAAAACCCCGAGUCGAGCAGUUUGUGGCGUUUUCCGCAUCGCGCAGGAUGCAGGCGCGCUACUCCGUCAACAGCCCAAACUCUCUGGGGGUCGUGCCGUACAUCAGCAGCGAGCAGAGCUACUACCGGACCGGCGGCGGGUACGCCGGGAUGCCUGCGCCCGUCAGCGUGUACUCCCACGCGGCUCACGACCAGUACCCGGCCGGCAUGGCCCGCGCCUACGGCCCGUACAACCCUCAGCACCAGCCCAAAGACACGGUCAAGCCGCCGUACAGCUACAUCGCCCUCAUCACCAUGGCCAUCCAAAAUUCGCCGGAGAAGAAGAUCACGCUGAAUGGGAUCUAUCAGUUCAUCAUGGAGAGGUUCCCCUUCUACCGGGAUAACAAGCAGGGCUGGCAGAACAGCAUACGCCACAAUCUGUCUCUCAACGAGUGCUUCGUCAAAGUGCCCCGCGACGACAAGAAGCCCGGCAAGGGAAGCUAUUGGACCUUGGACCCGGAUUCGUACAACAUGUUCGAGAACGGCAGCUUCCUGAGGCGCAGGAGGAGGUUCAAGAAGAAAGACGCGCAGAGGGAUAAGGACGAGCGGGACCGGGGCAAGGAGCCGCCGCCGGUGGUGCGCAGCUCCCAGCCCGUUCGCAUCCAGGAUAUAAAGACGGAGAACGGCACCUCCACGCCGCCUCGGGCCGCGUCGCCGGCCCUGAAAACCGAGAGCCCCGACAGCAGCGGCACGUCCGGCGGCAGCCCGAGCAGCGUGCCGGACGGGCUCGAGACGCAGCACCACAGCCAGGCGUCCGCACAUCAGGGCUUCGGCGUGGACAGCAUCAUCGGCUCCCUGCGAGGCUCUCCCCGGGCUGACCUCUCCCCGCCUCUCCUCGCCUCCUCUCGGACCGCUGUGACCCCCUCCCUGGCCGCCACGCUCAGCUACUCCCCGAACCGGGCGUCGUCCGCCACCUGCAACCACAACUCCGCCUAUCACUGCAACUUGCAAGCCAUGAGCCUCUACGCGGGGGACAGGACCCCCGGUGGCCACCUGGCGCCCUCCGCCACCGCGGACGAGGUUUUGCCGGACUAUUGCGUGACCAGCACCGCGAGCGCCGCGUCGCCGCCGCCGCCGCCGCUCGGCCACGCAAACGGGAGCCAGGCGAGCCAGGAGGGCCACCACGCGCACCAGGGCCGGCUCGCCUCCUGGUACGGCGACCUCAGCCACUUGAGCGCGGGGUACCCGUCCCAGCAGCAGAACUUCCACUCUGUGAGGGAGAUGUUCGAGUCCCAGCGGAUCGGACUCAACGGCUCCCCGGUCCACGCGAGUAACAGCUGUCAGAUGGCCUUCCCGUCCACGCAGUCCAUCUACCGCACGUCAGGAGCUUUUGUUUACGACUGCAGCAAGUUCUGAGAGUCACGGCGUCUCUUUCAAAUUACAACCUUAAUAUAUACUUUCUUAGUGUAUGUUUGCAAUGUUUUUUUGAUUUUGGAUUUUUUUUUUUUUUUUUUAAAUUGACAUCCUGAAUGGACAAGCGCGAUUCAGAGAUGAUUUUGACCAGGUGCGUGUAAACACCAAAAACACGCAGGUGGUUGCGAACAUGAAGAGUUGUCAGUUCACACGAACCGCGCCAACGACACCACCUAUCUUUCAAAAACCUGCAUAUGAGCGCAUGGUACAAACGAAGACGCUGCACGCAAG